AUGAACAACGCAGACGAAAUUAUACAAGUCAUCUCUAUCGGCCUCAUUGUUGCUGACCUCCUUCUCAACACCAAUCGAUUUCUAAAAGCCAUCGAAUUAUGCAAGGAAUGCUUGCUCAUUCUCAAAGACACAGCAGAAUUGAAAGACAAGAAAAUAAGUAAAUUAUUUUACAAAUGGAUCUAUUUUAGUAUGUGGAAGGCUUGUAGUAUUAUCAACGAUAACUCAAACGCCAUAAAAUGGGAAGAAAAAAUUCUCCAAAUUCACCGUGAAAGUGGAGAAAGACUCGAAGAAUGUAAGCUAAGCAUAAAUCUUGCCAGAACGUAUCUCCGUCAACGUAAAUACACACAAGCAAAACAAAUAUCUAAAAAGGCGCUUCUAAUCAGUAGAGAAGUAGGUCAACGAAGGGGAAAAGCUAACUCUUUCGGGAACCUUGGAGUGGUGUAUCGAUCUGUUGGCAAAUAUGACAAGGCUAGAGAGCAUCUCGCGAAAUCACUUGCGAUCCAGAAAGAAAUUGGAGACAGAAAGGGAGAAGCUGCCUCUUACGCAUACCUAGGAACUGUGUAUCAAUUAGUUAGCGAAUAUGAGAAGGCUAGAGAACAUCUUGAGAAAUCACUUGCGAUCCAGAAAGGAAUUGGAAACAGAAAUGGAGAAGCUGCCUCUUACGUAAAUCUUGGAAUUGUGUAUCAAUCAGUUGGCGAAUAUGAGAAGGCUAGAGAACAUCUCAAGAAAUCACUUGCGAUCCAGAAAGAAAUUGGAGACAAAAAGGGAGAAGCUGCCUGUUACGCAAAUCUUGGAACUGUGUAUCGAUCAGUUGCCGAAUAUGAGAGGGCCAGAGAACAUCUCGAGAAUCAGCAUUUGGAAAAGUUUUUUGACUUCAGAAGCUUUGGCAUUUUACCAGAGGAGCUUUGCGAAGACCGUUCUCUACAUGGUUUUCAGCCAGAAUCCAAAUCAUGCGAGGACGACAGCCAUGAAGGUUGGCGAAUUGGAAAGGAAAGUAAAGACAACCAAGGACCCAAAAUGAACCUUCCUAUCUGUUACAAGCUUAUCAUUGCUCCUGUCAUGAAGUUCCUUGAGGGCCCUGAAAUUGUCAUUGUUCCUGAUCGUGCUUUAUACCAAAUUCCAUUUGCCGCCUUAACUGAUGAAAGCGGAAAGUACUUAUCUGAGACCUUCAGGAUCCGUAUUGUCCCUUCUUUAACAACCCUCAAACUCAUUAAUGAAAGUCCAAUAGACUAUCGCUGUCAGACUGGUGCACUGAUCGUGGGAAAUCCUGAUGUUGGUGAGGUGCACUUUAAAGGACGCCUCACGAAAAUCUCUCGAUUACCUUGUGCAGAAAACGAAGCGAGGAUCAUAGGAGAAAAGCUCGGUGUCGAGCCGUUGCUAGGACAGCAAGCGACUAAGCUAGCAGUACUUCAAGCAAUGAAUUCAGUGGCCCUGAUUCAUAUCGCCGCACACGGUGAUGCAGAAAGAGGAGAAAUUGCCCUUGCACCAUCUUUUCGUAUUCCUAACGCGGUACCUCAAGAAGGCCUGUACUUGUUGACAAUGUCUGACAUUUCAAAAGCUCAACUGCGAGCUAAACUGGUAGUCCUUAGCUGUUGCCACAGUGCUCGAGGACUGACAAAAGCCGAGGGAGCUGUUGGAAUUGCCCGAGCAUUCUUAGGAUCUGGUGCACGCUCAGUGUUGGUGUCACUGUGGGCCCUGGAUGACAAGGCAACAGAGCAGUUGAUGAGUCAAUUCUACAGUCACCUUGCUGCUGGGGAAAGUGUUGGUGAAUCUCUACAUGAGGCCAUGAAGUGGAUGAGAAGUGAGGGCUAUGACGUGAACCAGUGGGCACCUUUUAUACUGAUUGGAGAUGACGUGACAUUUAAUUUUGGAAAGUAAGGUAUUGGCAAGAAUGACCAGGACGACAGCGACUAAUCGCGUAAGAAGGAAAAUAUGCCAUGACGUCAUCGGACAGUUUUAGUGCAAGAGCUAAGUUGAACAAACAUUUUUAUCGAGGAUUGACUCUUGCUCCUCUUCUGUCUAAACAAAAUGCCUCGGUAGAAAUAUUACGAUUAUGUCUUUCUGAUGAUUUUUCUAAAACAACUGCGUGUAGGUUACAACUGUUCUUUUAGUGAACCGCCAUUUGAAACUUCAUCGAAUACCGUAGUGUACAGCUGAGUGUUGGACUCAAAAAAAAAUAAGUAAAACUUUAAUUCGUGAGGUAAUCCUUUAGUACGGGACUUUAAGAUGAUGUUAGCAAUUGUUACAAAUCUUCCCUGCGACGAAAAACAAGUAAUGGACUGCCAAAGUAUGGCUUAUCUGAUAAACCUUAUGUUUUCCCAGCUAGACGUGCUGUUAAACUUGUAAAUAUUGUACAUAAAAAAUACUGACCCUUAGUACUUGUCAAUGAGAAAAGUGGGAUUUUAAACUAAAUUAUAGUCAGAAAAACCUUGUACAUUUGCUGUUGUUACAUUUCUGAAGAAGUUUCCUGCAGAGCGUCUAGCCUUUGCAAGUAUUUUCAUAUAUUAAAUCGAAACAGAAGACUGUUAAAAAUGUUGAAUGUUUAUAGUGGUCGAUGCGCUUAGUUACGACUUGUUAGUUCCCAGGCAUGUCACUUAAACUAAAAGAAAGAAAUAAUUCAACUAAACUAACUAGCGGGAAGCAGACCAGGACUUGAACUAGGGUCUACCGAGAAGCAACUCCAGCUUAGUGAUUAGAACGGGACUUUAACCCGCAACCUGCGGAUUUCAUGAUCAAGUAUAACCCUAACCACUCGACCAAGACUGAAAUAAGCAUAUUGCAUGAGAAAGACCCAGUAAGGUUUACAGUUAGCUUUUUAACUAGUGAUAGCAGAGAAUUUGUCAAAAUGUUAACUGUCAGCUGACAAAUAACGCGUUUUUUAACAUCACAGCUGAGAUAUGAAAUCCUCGAGGUUUACUGAUAGCUGAGAAAUGGGCAGGAAUUUCAACUGAUAACUGAGAAAUCCGGACGGAAUUUAACUAAGAACCGAGGUUCCAGCUUCUCUUUCCAGAUCCGUCUCGUUGUUAUCAGUCAAAACGGAAUUCUCUUCGUUGUAGGAAAGUCCUACGAGUAGGUGAUGACGUAAGCUCAUUUCGGGGGAAUCCCUCAGUUCUUGUUUAUUACAUAAUCACCAAAACGAAACUUAACUUGGUCAUUUAUUUAAUACGGGGAACCCCUUCUGGGGCGAUAUUUUUUAACUCGCUCUAUCACAUGGUCACUUACAAGAAUAAUUCAGUACUCACAGUGAAAAUAAGAAGAACAAAAAGAAGAAAACUGUGAAACCGUAUAGCUCAUUCCAAAUAAUAAGGGAAGAUAAAUAGCAAACCAGCUCUUGUGGCACUAAAAACAAUUUCUGAGAAUAACGUUACACAUUUCGCUUCAGUAGAGGAAAAAGGAAUGUGAUUAAAACUAGGGAGCUUCAGGAAUCCUCUACGGCUAUGCUGUAAUGAAAGGAACAAAGUUUUUGCACGUAAUAAUACUAGUAAACCUUGGUAUAAAUUCUUAGCUGUACUCUUUAAAAAAUCGAUGUUAAAUUCAGACUAAAUUUAGGCUAUUUUGUAACUAGAAAGUGAAUCACAGGGUUGAAUAUUUCUGUUUCUAUUUGGUGUUAAACGCUCUCUUUGCAUAUUCAGCUGGAGCUAGUUUUUCACUGAUAGACGCACUGAAUUGUCUUUGAUAAUUGCGAGAUUCUGAACAAUCAAGUAAAAAUGUAAAUUCAUUUUUUUCACUGGGCGUUGUCCUUGGCAUCACCAUCGUUGGUUUUUCAAACUUCGUAUUGUGUAGUAAGUGCAACCUUGCAUGUCACGUGUCUGUCGUUCUCACGUGGGUAUCAUGCCGAGAUGAAAAAUUUCUUGUCUGAUGAUAAACACACGCCACACCCUACAUAAACCAUUUCAGCGGCUGGGUGUGGCCGUAGGGCGUAAUUCAUGCCUUCAGGAUUGGCAGGGCAGGGUUGCCCGUCAAUAGCUUUUUCGGGAGAAGGAAUCGAAAUCAGGCAGCAGUUUAUCCUUGUAGAAAACGCAUUUUGGGUGUUACAGGUAGAUUACCCAGCCAGCAGAACGUCCCUUGGAGAAUAAAUUUUUAAUGAAACAGGUUUGUCUGAACGAAGGACGUUGUUAAUAUAUACAUAAACAGUAGCCUCCAUUUGGCGCGACAAUAUGUUCGAUCAUUAGCCCGCGGACAUGAUAACUUCCGAGAAGCGAACAGUUUUCCGAGAGCGUAGCUCGAGGAAAACAGUGAGCUU